AUGGUUUUGUUUCAUACAAAUUUGCGUUUUUGUACAUUCUUAUUCAAGGUCAGUAUGAGUGAUAAGACGAAAACGAUUCUGCAAGUGGGAGGAGCUCUGUUUGCUACGGCACUCUUAGGAUAUGGAGUGAAGCACUGUUUUGAGAAUUCCAAGAAAAAGGAAAAGUGCGAGCGCUAUUUUGUCGGCAUUGACCUCGGAGCUACAAAUGCAAAAGCAGGAGUGGUGAAUGAUGAGGGAGAGCUUCUUGCCACCGCUUCUCAGCCUCUUACGGAUUAUACGGAUAAGGGAGUCGUCAGUUCGCUUGUUGAGGUUGCUGCUAAGGCUGUUACCGAAGCAGGACUUAAGUGGAGCGACAUUAGUGAGAUUGGAGUUGGUUCUCCUGGUACUAUCGACUUUGAUAAUGGAGUUGUGAUCAAGGCUUCGAAUUUCCCAACGUGGGAUCACGUUCCUCUUGCCAACCUUAUCACAGAGGCUACGGGAGUGGCUGCGGUGCUUGACAACGACGCGAAUGCCGCCUGUGCCGCCGAAUGCUGGAUCGGCGCUGGAAAGGGAAAGAGCAACAUGGUGAUGAUUACUCUUGGCUCUGGAAUCGGCGCUGGCGUCGUGGUGAAUGGCCGUGUAAUUCACGGAGGAAGCGGCUGGGCAGGCGAGCCAGGCCACGCCAUUUACAAGGUCAAUGGAACGCCUUGCGGAUGCGGCCAGAAGGGCUGCUUCGAGAAGACUAUCUGCAGGAGCAUCCCGACGCGGAAACCUCCUUGCGAGCCGUCGAGAAGCUCACUGCCAAAGCGAUUAUGGACGCUGCGAAGGCCGGCGACGCGGUAGCGACUGCCUGCGUGGACAUCGCGGCCGAAGCCUUGGGAGUGUGCUGCGUGAAUCUGUGCCGUGUGCUGGACCCGGAGCUGAUCGUCUUCUCGGGAGGCCUGGCGUUGGCCGGCGACUUCCUCCUCGAUAAGAUCAAAGAGCGGUUCCGCCACUUCCACUGGACGAUCCAGGAACCGUCGUGCGAGCUGGCGAUCUCGGAGAGCGGCGAGAAGGCAGGAAUGAUCGGAGCGGCGGCGGUGGC